AUGCCUGAAAAUUCGUUGGAUGAUUCGAAUGAUGGUGGAGAUAACACUCAGGAAAACACCGAACAACAGUCUGAUCUAGAAGAGGAAGAAGAGGAUUCUGAUGGAAGUGUUUAUGAAGUUGAUGAUAUUUUGGAUGUUGAUUUAGGAAGUAAAGGAAUGGUUUAUCUUAUUAAAUGGGGAAGAAAUCAAGGAGAGACGUGGGAACCCGAAGAUUGUUUCAUAGGAACGGAGAGUAAGCAAAUGCUGAGAAAUUUCAAAGCGAAAAAUAAGGAAAAAAUUGAAAGCUUAAAAAAUAAAACUAAAAGAAGACGGAAGCAACCUAGUGUCGUUUCAGUCGAUGAAGAUGAGAAAAACGAGAAGGAUAAUGAUGAGGAGGACCUUAGCGGCGAUAUGGCGCCUCGCGAGCUCACCGAAGAGGACAGCUUCUACGGGAAACCCGUUCGCGAUUUGCGUGGCGAGAGCCGGCGGCUGUUCGAUCCGUCCCAUUUGCAAACGGCAACCGACUUAAUUCUCUCCAAACUGUCGACGAACACUCGAAUAUCGCGGAGUCAGGUGGCCGGACUAAAAAGGGCGUCCAGCGAGGCGGGGAGUGGCGGAGAGUUGAGUCGCAGCCAGACGCCAUCCUCGCGCACCAACGUGAACGAGCUGGCGAAAAAGGAACCGGCAAAACGAGGAAGAAAGGCCAAUAGAAAAGGGCAAUCAAAGAAGCAAAUUGUGUCGGACAGCGAAGAAGAUGAUGAGAUUAAUGAUGAUGAUGAUGAUGAUGUUGAUGAUGGUGGUGAUGAUGAUGAGCCUUUUGUGGUUGAAGUUGUUCGACCAAAACGUGGAAGGCCAAAGCGAAGUGAAACCGUUGAAAAACCAGCAAGUCAACCAAAGGUCGGAAAACGCGGAAGACCAGCGAAAAAGUCCGCCGUAGUUGAGGCCGAUGAGGAUGGUGAAGAUGAAGUUCCAGCGAAGAAGACGACGUUACCGAAUAUUCCGAGAAAACGGGUUAUUCUUGAUGAAGAUACGAUUUCUCGUGACUCUGAAUCACCUGGACCUAGUAAACCACAGUUCUUUGUUGGUCGCGAUGAUGAUGAGGAUCAGGUGCUCUCAACGCCGCCGAUUGUAUUCAAUAAAGAGGAUCCGUUUGAUACUUGUCAUUCAAUUGUGAAAGAUUUUCAAUUCAACCAUUCAUCGGUGUGUGAUGCGAUGAUGGAAGGAGACGUGCGAGCAGUGCAGGUUUACAUUAGAAAUGAGCCGAUUAAAGAGCGAUUCCGGGAGACAAUGAACAAUUAUACACAUAAUAAUCGUCCGCUUUUACAUAGUCUUAUUUAUGCCGCCAAAAAUUCACCAUCGCCGCAUGUUGCUCAGCGUUACGUCACAAUGAUUCGUAUUGCACUACAAUUCAGCCGGCAAUUUGUUUUCGCCACCACGGACCCUAUCCAAAACAAACCGAUUCACGAAGCAGUGCGAACACGACAGUUUCAAAUUCUACGGUUACUUGUGAAUAGUGGUUCUCUCAUUUCGCAUGUGAACAACAAUAGUCAGACACCUUUGGAAAUUGCCGCAUUGAAUCGCGAUGUUCGAAUGUUCCGUUUUUUGCUCACUCGCGGAGCAACGUUCCAUCAAUUGUUGAGCCCGAAGUCACCGGCAAUCAAGACCGCUUUCAUUCAAUGCCCAGAGCUUGGAAAAGAGCUCGAAGCAUGCCAUUCCCAGCUCUCGAAGGAGCUCAGACGAGCCCGAAAACGUGUAUUCAGAGAGAGUGUUGAUGACGGACAUCCAAAAAUUGUUGAGAUUCAAGCAGUGUCGCCGGUGAUGAUUCUUGCAAGAAAUGAUUCGAAUUGUAUUGAUCAUGAGUUUGAAAAUAAUCAAAGAAAAUUGGAGAACAAGAAUCAAGGAUACUUUUUGACAAUUUUCCCGGUUGCUUACAAUAUGCAUCAGAAGCGCUGGAAUGUUUCGUAUAAAAACGAGGCGUUCAACAAUAUCAACGUGAACGGUAAACUUGCGCGAUCGGCGUUCGUUCACAAUCAUCUGACAUCGACAAUCCUAUUCGCAAAUCUGCUCAAUGGGACCAACAAAAUCGUAGCCAACGCCCACAACUCAAGUUGGAAUCGCACCUAUGCGUUCGCGAUGCAAAUCGUUCGAUACGAAAUCACACAAGCUGCGCCGACAACACAGCAUAAACUUCUCCGUCCAAUUUAUAAGAAAGUAUAA